GCAGGUCAAAACAAUUUUAGUGACUGAAAGAUGGAGGAAGAAGUGCCAAGUGGAGGUGACAAUAUUGUCACCGAAUUUAAUACAUAUGAAGACUUUCUUGACUCUCAAAUCACAUCUUUAGAUUUAUAUUAUCUUGAGGAUGAAGAAUUGGCACGUCAAUUAGUGGAGUUAGGUUACAGAGGAAGUGGUGAGGUUUUAAAAAGGGAGGAAUUUGAAGCUAGAAAGGCUGCAGCAGAAGCCAGUCGUCUGUCUAAGAGAAGUCAGCAAAAAACAUUAGCAAGCUCUGGAAAAGAACUUAAAGAUCCAUUCUUGAAAGCCUUGGCAAACCGGGAAGAGGCAAAUAGAAGUGGGAAAAUGACAUCUAUCAUAUUUAUUAGAGACAGGAAUGCAAGGAGCCAAGAAAUAUCAGGAUAUAUAGAUUUUGCCCACAGGCUGAAAACAGAGGACUUCGAACCAUACUUUAAUGGGAAAAAGAGAUUACUACCAAGGCCAUCAGAUUUGAGUUUCUACAACUGGGAAACGCAGACAUCCACAUCAAACCCCACACCAAAUUACCAGGUCAUUGCUGAAAAUGCAUCUGGCCUGCUUUUUAAGAAUAAAAGAGACAGAAAAAUUAUUAAUGUUGAUCCAAAGGCACCUACACCUGGAGAUAAUUCAACAAGAACUAUAGUAGAGACUCCACGUUAUAUCCAAGCAGUCAUUUAUGAUCACAUUACUAGGAGGAAAACAUAGCACAUCAGAUCAAACAAAGCCUGACUCUAUCGUGGAUUUUAGCACAUUUAUCCCUGUUCAAGAAUUAAAAGGAAUACAUUAACUCUCUUGUCUCUUUAAGUGGGCAAAUAAUAUUCAUGAGAAACAGUUAAGUUGUUGAAGACUAUGGAUUACGUUAAUGUAAGAAAUAUAAAAGAGAAGCCAAGUUGAGGUUUAAUAUUAUGGAAAAAAAAACUGUGCUCAUAUAUUUUUUUUAUAAUAAAUUGAAUCAACAAAA